CGCGCGGCCAGUACCGCCGGGCUUAGUAAUACGCGCGGACGUCGCAACGCUCACAAACAAACAAACACGCAAUCAUGAGGACUUGUGUACAGUUCGCGUAUUUACUCGCUUCUAUUACUUAUGCAAGUGCGGGAAUUCUUCUGCAGAAUGCACCACAAUGUCCUGAACAACAUGGAGUUCAGACGUACGCGCACCCUGAGCUAUGCGAUCAAUUCUUCCUGUGUACAAAUGGCACGCUGACAGUAGAGACCUGCGAGAACGGACUGUUGUUUGACGGCAAAGGUGCCGUACACAACCACUGCAACUACCACUGGGCUGUGGAGUGUGGAGAGAGAAAAGCUGAUUUAACGCCUUAUUCAACACCUGGUUGCGAGUACCAAUUCGGUAUCUACCCAGACAGUCAAGAGUGCUCCACUAGCUACGUAAAGUGCGCCUUCGGCAUCCCCGAGCAGGAGCCCUGCACGCCCGGACUCGUCUACGAUGAAAGGAUCCACGGCUGCAACUGGCCUGAUCUUCUACAGCCAUUCUGUAACCCUGAAGCUGUCAUUGGAUUCAAAUGCCCGACUAAGGUGCCAUCGCACUCGCAAGCCGCGAAGUUCUGGCCGUUCCCCAGGUUCCCAGUUCCCGGUGACUGCCACAGACUGAUCACCUGUGUGGAAGGCCAACCUCGCUUGAUCGCUUGCGGUGAGGGUAAGGUGUUCGACGAUCAGAGCCUCACCUGCGAAGACCCAGAGCUCGUACCGCACUGUGGACACGCGUAAUUCUUCGCACAUGAAAGUUUGCAUAUUACAAAAUGAAAAUGAAUUGUAUAUCUU